AUGCCUCUGGGUAUCUUGCAGGAUUACAAGCUCGAACAUGUCCCGGGAACCGCCCCUCUGAGCGAGCUUGGUCGUAUUGAUCUUGAGAUCUCGACUGAUGUUGACCGUGGACUGCUCAAGCAUGAUGCUACAGGGCAGAUUGUACUCGUGCCGCAACCCUCUGAUUCACCCAACGAUCCGUAUAAUUGGCCAAGAUGGAAGAAAGAGAUGUUUACCCUCGUCAUUGCGUACGGAUGCGGUUGUGUAGGAGCCGUCGGCCCACUGCUAACGCCGGCUUUCGUACCACUGGCACAACAAUUCAACGUCCCUCUACAGAGAUUUACACUAGGCUGUAAUGGUUCUUGUAUCGUCGCCAUCGCAUUUGGGAGUCUUCUGUGCAACACACUAGCUGUGAAGGUCGGAAGACGACCAGUCUAUCUUAUAACCACGCUGGGUUUGGCGGUGUCGUGCUUCUGGGCUGCAGAAUCUACCAGCUUCCCUUCUCUGGCAGCGGCCAGAGCUAUCCAAGGGUUGUGCAUGGCACCCUUCGAGGCACUCAUUCCAGCAUCAGUCGGAGACAUCUGGCAUGUACACGAGCGCGGGUUCCGAAUGUCCAUCUUCAAUCUCGGUGUCCUCGGUGGUAUCAACCUAGCGAGCCCAAUCGCUGGAUCCGUCAUCCAAUACGGCUCUUACCGCAUCGCAAUGCACGCGAUGGGUGGUGCCUUUGUUGUCAUGCUCCUCCUCGUCAUCUUCUUCAUGCCCGAAUCCGCGUACCACCGCCACAACGUUCUCAACAUCGAUACGAGUUCUAAAACGGUAGAGACCGAUGCGAUGGAGAAGGAGAAGGCCAUUGAGCGUAUCGAAGACCACGCGAUCCAAGCAUCCGUCUCUUCGGAGCGUGCCGACCCCUACGUCAAGACUCUUAUGCCAUGGUCUGGUUAUUGGGAUCAUGUCUCCUUUUGGCGCACAUUCUUGCGUCCUUUUGUUGUGAUCAUGAGCCCUGUAGUCAUGUGGGCUACCUUGCUCUUCACGAUCUGCAUAUCUUGGCUUGUCUUGAUCUCUAUCACGCUGUCGCAGAUCUUCUCCGCUCCACCAUACAGCUUCUCCGUUAGUGCUGUCGGCGCAACGAAUGUCUCUUCAUUCGUAGCGUCGUUACUGGCCACGCUGGUAGCCGGACCGAUCAUCGAUGGAGUAGCAAAGUUCAUGUCGACGCGCAACAACGGUACUUUUGAACCCGAGUUUCGUCUUCCUGUGAUGAUCACGUACCUGAUUUUCACUGCGACCGGAUUCUUUGCCUGGGGCCAAUCGCUCUACAAUCAAGACCCGUGGCCGAUUCCCGUCAUUGUCUGCAUGGGCCUCAUUAACCUAGGUGUCCAGUUGGGAACCACCGCCGUGGUAACCUACGUCUCCGACUGCCAUCGCGAGCAGGCCGCCGAGGCCUUUGCCAUUAUGAACUUCAUCAAGAAUCUCUUUGCAUUUGGCUUGACGUUCUAUGCCAAUGACUGGAUCGCGGUACAGGGUGUGAGAGACGCGUUUUAUGUUAUUGGCGGAACUACCAUUGCUGUCACGCUGGCAACGAUUCCAAUGUACAUCUACGGAAAACGUGCAAGGAGUUGGGUGAAGAGGUGUGGAGUGCUUGAUAGUGUUCUGAAAGUCGAGUAG